CUAAUACUAUCUAUGAUAAAACAACUGAAAUAUGUUUCAUCUUUUUCAUUAGGACGAAGAUGUUGUAUUUAGUACUCCAAAGCAAUUGUCAACUAUUGUAAAAGAGACUCCUGGAAGUGCAGUGUCAACCCUCUUUAGUCCUUCUGGAUUGUCAGAGUGUUCUGCAGACAUGUCGUACCUCGAAGAGGCUAAAGAAGAGAUGUCUCCAAGAGAAAAACUAAAUUUGUUCCUCGCAUCCAGGGAUGUCAGCCCAAUCAGAAAAGUUAUGACAACACCAUGGGAUGAAGCUGCAGAACGCACCAAGCGCUUCCAUAUUCGCAAAGCUAAACAAGUAGUCCAAGCUACGCUUGAAGAAAUCGCACCCCAAAGUUCCGAAAUGCUCCUAAAUGAAUUACAAAAAGUACACAAAGAAAGUGAUGGCAUGAAURCAGCCCUGUUAGAAGCUUUGAUUGAAUGCUACAGUAAUGCAAGCCACUGGAGCUCACAAAGACAAAUACUUUCAAUAAUUGCUGACAAGGUGAGCUUUUCAACCCUUCAGAAAUGGCUUCCUGAUCUUUCUCAUUAUCGUUACAAUAUUGCCCGGCGACACGUCCUACUGCACGGCAGAGGAGCUGAAGUCACACAGCAGAAGCAAACGAGGACKAGGGUGUCACAAGAUAAAUUAGACCAUUUCCUGGCAUUCAUAACUAGCACAAGAAUAAUUCAGGAUUUGCCAUUUGGGGAAAAAACACUCAAGCUGUCAUCUGGAAAUUCAAUUACAGUUCCAAAUGUCGUAAGGUCUACCAUUCCUAGUCACAUCGCGAAACAAUACAACAGUUAUUGUGUAGACACUGGGUUCCAGUCUCCACUUAGCCGAAGUAGUAUCUACAGAGUAUUAAAGGUUUGCGCUGCUUCCACUCGCACUUCCCUACAAGGGUUAGAUUACUUUACAUCCGACGGUGCAAAGGCAUUUGACGACCUCAUUGAAAUUGUCGACAAACUAGGCGACUACUGUGAAGGUGGUUUAGCAUGGACGAAAGAAAUCACAAGAAAACUCAAAUUGUCAAAGCGUUACAUGAAAGCGGAUUAUAAGGUUCAUGUUUCAGCUAGCUCAAGCGUACCAGACCAUUGUAGGCCGUUCGCCCUUAGUUACGCUAAAGAACCUGAUCACUUGAGCUCUUGUGAUCACCAACAUGAUCAAUAUUGUGAUCGCUGUGAUUUGUUCCCCCAUGCAGUUAGAGAAAUAGAAGCAGUUAUCGAUAAGGCCAAUCUCUCGCACGAAGAAUCAGAGGAGAUGGUAUUUAUUAUUGCGCAAUCAAAGAAAAACGUAGAUGCGUGGAAAGCGCAUUUAUUGCGCUCUGUCAACCAAGACGAAGGUCGUCUAGACAUUAUGAAAAGUUUAGACAACAACUCUGUGCUUGUGGUCCUUGAUUGGGCGAUGAAGUUUGUACCACGAAAGUUCCGAGAAAGCCAAGCCGACUGGUUCGGAAAACGAGGGCUUUCGUGGCACAUCAGUGUCGCUAUKYGUCAGUCACAAAGCAAAAGUCUGGAGAUGCUGACGCUGGUACAUCUUUUCGAAAAGAGCAAUCAAGACAGCUAUUAUGUGCUAGCUAUAAUAGAUGACGUCAUCCAYCAACUGAAAYGCGSUAUGCCCGAUUUGAGCUGUGUUAACCUCAGACAAGAUAACGCUGGGUGUUAUCACAGCUCACUCACAAUUCUUGGUGUUCGGCAACUGGCCGUAAAACAUAACGUGRCGGUAAGGAUGGAUUUCUCCGACCCCCAAGGCGGUAAAGGCCCAUGUGACCGCAAAGCAGCAAACAUCAAGAACCAYAUGCGGUCGUAUCUAAACUCCGGCUACGACAUAUCCAAUGCAGCACAGAUGAAAACUGCCAUAGUUGCAAAUGGUGGAGUACAAGGUGUUAGCGUGGUGCAUUGUGAAUCUCUUCAAGCUUCACAUCUGGAUUCAUUUCCGAAAUGGGAAGGCGUCAGUGCCAUAAAUGACAUUGUUUUCAAAAAUGAGGAAAUGAUGGUAUGGAGAGCAUACAAUGUUGGAAAGGGGAAGUCAAUUGCAUAUAGUGAUCUUGAUCUGCCAGAUUCAACCAAAUUGCCAACACUGUCAAAGAUUGAAGAUGCUGUACCUUCCCCUGCCUUCGUUGGUGUCAAACCUAGACGGAACAACAAAGUAAAAGRUCAACKAAUUGUGACACAAGCUACCGAUGCUGACGACRAUGACACGGACUAUGAAGCCUUGUUCACAUGCCCAGAAGAAGGGUGCAUCAAAGCGUAUCAAAAGUAUUCAUACCUCGAACGCCAUCUAGACUUUGGUAAACACCAAUAUUCACUAGAGAGAGAAUCAUUCCUCGACAAGGCUAUGUUAAAGUAUGCUGAGAACCUUGAAACCGGCGAGUCAGCUGUAGAGGGGGAAGGCGCCUCGAAUCUGACAGGUAAACUAGCGCAGGUGGCAGAAGUUUUGUCUCCUAUGGGUUGGGCUUUGAAAGGAGGGGCCACUGGACGACGCCGAUUUACAGAUCAGCAAAAGAAAUAUCUUACAGAUCUCUUUAUUCUUGGAGAACAAACUGGAAGAAAGGCUGAUCCAGACAACGUAUCCAAAGCAAUGCGAAAAGCCCGCAAUACUGAUGGUACUUUCCUUUUCCAAUCGGAUGAUUAUCUGACAUCCAAACAGAUCACAGGAUUUUUUUCUCGAUUGUCUUCCAAGAAAACCCUUCAUGAUGCUCCUGUAAGCACUAUUGACGACGAUGAUCUGGAAGAUGUUUUACCAGAAAUAGAUGAAAACCAGCUUGAACAAAUGCGAGAGGAAGUGUUCGAUGAGAUUUUAGUGAAACAUCCAAUCAUUUACGACAGUUAUAACAUCUGUGAAAUGGUACCUUGA